GAGGCGGCGCUUGGGCUCGGGCCGCCCCAGCCCUGGCUCCUCUCCCCGGAACAGGCCCCCGACAGCUGCUCGCGGGAGCCGCCUCCCGACACCCGAGCCCCGCCGGCGCCUCCCGCUCCCGGCUCCUGGCUCCCUGCGCUCUCCCUCCCCUCGCCCCGCCGCCGAGGAGGCCCCACUCCGGGGUCGGACGCCUGGGUCUGCUGGGAAGAACGAUGAGAGAGAUGCUGCCCCCACCUCCUUAGGCCCAAGGGAUCAGGAGCUAUGGGGCCAGGGGCCCUCUCAUCUCUACUGAUGCUGUUGCUACUCUUGGUGGCAACUGGAGAUGCUGACAUGAAGGGACAUUUUGACCCUGCCAAGUGCCGCUAUGCCCUGGGCAUGCAGGACCGGACCAUUCCCGACAGUGACAUCUCUGUCUCCAGCUCCUGGUCAGACUCCACUGCUGCCCGCCAUAGCAGGCUGGAGAGCAGUGACGGGGAUGGGGCAUGGUGCCCUGCAGGGCCUGUGUUUCCUAAAGAGGAGGAGUACCUGCAGGUGGAUCUCCGGCGGCUGCACCUGGUUGCUCUGGUGGGCACACAAGGCCGCCAUGCUGGGGGCCUGGGCAAGGAGUUCUCUCGUAGCUACCGGCUGCGUUACUCCCGGGAUGGCCACCGCUGGAUGGACUGGAAGGACCGCUGGGGUCAGGAGGUGAUCUCAGGUAAUGAGGACCCUGGGGGAGUGGUGCUGAAGGACCUUGGGCCCCCCAUGGUGGCCCGACUUGUUCGCUUCUACCCCCGGGCGGACCGGGUCAUGAGUGUCUGUCUACGGGUGGAGCUCUAUGGCUGCCUUUGGAGGGAUGGACUCCUGUCUUACACAGCCCCUGUGGGGCAGACCAUGUACUUAUCUGAGGCUGUGCAUCUCAAUGACUCCACCUACGAUGGAUACACCGUUGGCGGGCUGCAAUAUGGUGGUCUAGGCCAGCUGGCAGAUGGCGUGGUGGGGCUGGAUGACUUUAGGCAGAGUCAGGAGCUGCGGGUCUGGCCAGGCUAUGACUAUGUGGGAUGGAGUAACCAUAGCUUCCCCAGUGGCUAUGUGGAGAUGGAGUUUGAGUUUGACCGGCUGCGGGCCUUCCAGGCAAUGCAGGUCCACUGUAACAACAUGCACACACUGGGAGCCCGCCUGCCGGGAGGAGUGGAGUGUCGAUUCAAGAGGGGCCCUGCCAUGGCCUGGGAGGGGGAGCCCAUGCGCCAUGCCCUGGGGGGCAGCCUGGGGGAUCCAAGAGCCAGGGCUAUCUCAGUGCCCCUGGGUGGUCGUGUGGGUCGCUUUCUGCAGUGCCGCUUCCUAUUUGCGGGGCCCUGGUUACUCUUCAGUGAAAUCUCCUUCAUCUCUGAUGUGGUGAAUGACUCCUCUCCAGCUCUGGGGGGCACCUUCCCACCAGCCCCCUGGUGGCCUGCUGGCCCACCUCCCACCAACUUCAGCAGCUUGGAGCUGGAGCCCCGGGGCCAGCAGCCUGUGGCCAAGGCAGAAGGGAGCCCAACUGCCAUCCUCAUCGGCUGCCUGGUGGCCAUCAUCUUGCUGCUGCUGCUCAUCAUUGCCCUCAUGCUCUGGAGGCUGCACUGGCGUAGGCUCCUCAGCAAGGCCGAGCGUCGGGUAUUGGAAGAGGAGCUGACAGUUCAUCUCUCUGUCCCUGGGGACACCAUCCUCAUCAACAACCGCCCAGGUCCCCGAGAACCACCCCCUUACCAGGAGCCACGGCCUCGUGGGAAUCCACCCCACUCUGCUCCCUGUGUCCCCAACAGUUCUGCGUUGCUGCUCUCCAAUCCAGCCUACCGCCUCCUUCUGGCCACUUACGCCCGUCCCCCUCGAGGCCCGGGCCCCCCCACACCCGCCUGGGCCAAACCCACCAACACCCAGGCCUGCAAUGGGGACUACAUGGAGCCUGAGAAGCCGGGUGCCCCACUUCUGCCCCCACCUCCCCAGAACAGUGUCCCCCAUUAUGCCGAAGCUGACAUUGUCACCCUGCAGGGCGUCACCGGGGGCAACACCUAUGCUGUGCCUGCAUUGCCCCCAGGGGCGGUUGGGGAUGGGCCCCCCAGAGUGGAUUUCCCUCGGUCUCGGCUCCGUUUCAAGGAGAAGCUUGGCGAGGGCCAGUUUGGUGAGGUGCACCUGUGUGAGGUAGAGAACCCUCAAGAUCUGGUCAGUCUUGACUUUCCCAUCAAUAUGCGCAAAGGACAACCCUUGCUGGUAGCUGUCAAGAUCCUACGACCAGAUGCCACCAAGAACGCUAGGAAUGAUUUCUUGAAGGAGGUGAAGAUCAUGUCCCGGCUCAAGGACCCAAACAUCAUUCGACUCCUGGGUGUGUGUGUGCAGGAUGACCCCCUCUGUAUGAUUACUGAUUACAUGGAGAACGGUGACCUGAACCAGUUCCUCAGCGCCCACCAGCUGGAGGACAAGGUGGCCGAGGGGGCCCCUGGGGAUGAGGAGGCUGCUCAGGGGCCCACCAUCAGCUACCCAAUGCUGCUGCAUGUGGCAGCCCAGAUCGCCUCAGGCAUGCGCUAUCUGGCCACACUCAACUUUGUGCAUCGAGACCUGGCCACCCGGAACUGCUUGGUUGGGGAAAAUUUCACCAUUAAAAUUGCUGAUUUUGGCAUGAGCAGGAACCUCUACGCUGGGGAUUAUUACCGUGUGCAGGGCCGGGCGGUGCUGCCCAUCCGUUGGAUGGCCUGGGAGUGCAUCCUCAUGGGGAAGUUCACAACAGCGAGUGAUGUGUGGGCCUUUGGGGUGACCCUGUGGGAGGUGCUGAUGCUCUGCAGAGCCCAGCCCUUUGGGCAACUCACCGAUGAACAAGUCAUUGAGAAUGCUGGAGAGUUCUUCCGGGACCAGGGUCGGCAGGUGUACCUGUCCAGGCCGCCUGCCUGCCCGCAGAGCCUGUAUGAACUGAUGCUUCGGUGCUGGAGCCGGGAACCUGAGCAGCGACCACCCUUUUCCCAGCUGCAUCGGUUCCUGGCAGAGGAUGUGCUCAACACAGUGUGAAUCAUGAUCCAAGGGAAGCUGUGACACUAAAACAAGAGGAGUCUAUGGCACCCCCUUCCAAUUAACCCAUCACCUGAGAGCAACUGUGGUGGGCUGGGCCUGCCCAGGGAGCUGACACUUCCUCUUUCACCAGACACAAGCUCAUGUCCCCUUCCUAUUCCUAAUCCAUCUCCUCCCUAGAAGCCCCUGCUGCCCACCCAGCUGGCCCUGUGGAUGGGAUCCUCUUUGACUUCCAACCAUCCCCUGGGGGAGGGUGGGGACAAAUGCAGGGCAGACACUGGACAUGGCCCACUGGAGCACCUGGGCCUCACUGGACAACACUGGUUCCUGGGGAGGUGGCUGUGCCCCCAGCCUCUCUCUUCCUGUCACACACUGGACCCUCUGGCUGAGAAUUUGGGGGAUGAGGAAGACAAAAGGGAAGAAAGAUCUUCCCUUAUGCCUACCCCUGGAAUUGUCCUCAGCUUUGGCCUCCUCCUCCUUCACCCCCAAACACACUGGACCUGGGGGGUUAUCCUUGCCCCAUUCCUCAGUCCUCCCCACUUCCCACCUGCCGUGCUGUAGCUAGAACUUCUCUAAGCCUGUAUGUUUCUGUGGAGUAAAUAUUGGGAUUAGUGGGAAAGGGAGCAAUGGCCUGUGGCCCUGGGGUUGGACAUCUCUAUUAUAGUUGCCACAUUGGUUUUUCUAUAAUCACCUGGGGUUUGUACAUUUUUUGGGGGAGAGACACAGAUUUUUACACUAAUAUAUGGACCUAGCUUGAGGCAGUUUUAAUCCCCUGCACUAGGCAGGUAUUAAUAAAGGUUGAGUUUUCCACAGCCAUGAGUGGUUUUCUUGGGGUUUUGGUAAAAUUUGUCUCCUGCCCUUCCUUCCCAACCCAUUCACUUUCUUCUCUUUUUCCUU